GCGUGCGGGGCCGGGGCCAUGGAGGAGCUGAGCAGCGUGGGAGAGCAGGUCUUCGCCGCCGAGUGCAUCCUCAGCAAGCGGCUCCGCAAGGGCAAGCUGGAGUACCUGGUCAAGUGGCGAGGCUGGUCCUCCAAGCACAACAGCUGGGAGCCCGAGGAGAACAUCCUUGAUCCAAGACUCCUCCUCGCUUUCCAAAAGAAGGAACACGAAAAAGAAGUGCAGAAUCGGAAGAGGGGGAAGCGGCCCAGGGGCAGGCCCAGGAAACACGUGGAACCAGAGAUGCCCGCAAAAACUAAGUCAAGUAGCUCCUCUUCCUCCACAUCCUCCUCUUCCUCCUCCUCUGAUGAAGAAGAUGAAAGUGACCUCGAAGCAAAGAGAGGUCCCCGCAGCAGAGAGACUCACCCCGUGCCGCAGAAGAAAGCUCAGAUCCUGGUGGCGAAGCCUGAAAUGAAAGACACUUCUAGGAAGAAGCGUGGGCGGAAACCUCUUCCCCCAGAGCAGAAAGCGGCUCGGAGGACCGUGAACCUGACAAAGGUGCUGAAAACAUCCCGGAAGGAGGUGGGCAGCAGCGCCAAGCUGAUGGGGAAGCUGCAGCCCCAGCACAGCGCGCAGGUCUCGGGCAUGGCCAUGCUGAAGGACCCGCCGGGUGCCUUGGCCGGGCUCAGCUCGGGGGGUUCAUCUGCAGAAAACCUGCCCAACAUGAUGAAGAGCGGCUCCGCGAGCCCAAACCGGGCCAUCAGCUGGCAGAGCUCCAUCGUGCACUACAUGAACAGGAUGUCCCAAAGCCAGAACUCGGCAGAGACCUCGCCCCUGGGCAGGCUGGCACUGAAGUCCCAGGCAUCCAGUAAGAGCGGCUUAGGGCUGGACUUAAAAAUGAGGAACCAGAAAGGAUCUGGGGAGCUGGGGCUGAGCAUGCAGGGACCCAAGACUGCUAAGGCUCCUAGCAGCGGCGCUGGAGGGGACCAGAAAUCGGGGUUUGCUGCGGGAGGCCAAAUGCUGCACAAUGGCAGCAAGACGCCUGCGAGCUCAUCCGGGGCCGGCAGCCAGCCGACCUCCAGUCAGGAGCUGAACCUCCAAGCUCUAAACCUGCAGAGCGUCAAAAACGGGCCGAGCGCGGCCGUCGGGAGCAGCCUCCCUCGCCACCUUUGCAGCGCCCUGUCCAAAGGCUCCGGCGGUGGCGUGGCGGCAAGCACGGGUGCUGCCAGCACAAAGGGCGGCACAGCGGGUGCCGGGUCGAAUGCUGCCAGCCCUGGCGUGCUCUCGGGGGGGGACGGUGGCAAGAGCGAGAAGCAGGCGCACCGGGCGGGCGACAGGGACUUGGCCAAAAGCGGCACAGCCGGCACGCAGGAGGGGCACGCGGCCACGGAGAACCGCAAGCCGUCUGCCCUUUCUGAGAUGAGCACAGGCGAAGAGACCAGCUCGGAUUCGGACCGGGAUUCGGCUUCCUUCCCGGGCGUGGGUCAGAAUAUGUCUGUCUCCAUCCAGACCAGCCAGGACUGGAAACCCACCCGCAGCCUGAUCGAGCACGUCUUUGUCACCGACGUCACCGCUAACCUGAUCACAGUGACGGUCAAGGAGUCCCCCACCAGCGUCGGGUUUUUCAACCUACGGCAAUAUUGAGCUAGGGAACAUGAGAGAAGGGGGAAGGUCCUUCGGCCUCUCCCUCAGCUUUGCCCAGCUCUUCCAUCAGGUUUUUCUUUCUUCAAGUGAACACGGAGACCUCGUCAGACCUGCUGGGACUCGUGUCCAGGGAGGCUCGAGAGAGAGACGCAGUGAAACCUGCUCAGAACUGCCAGUGGGUCGAUGGAUCCCUCCCGGCUUCUCCCCAUCCUCCCCCGGAGCGGUGUCCCGAGCGGAGGUGGCUGAUGCCGUUCCCCGGGAGCAGGGCACCGGUGCUGCCGGGGGUGACAGGCUGGCAAGUUUUGAGCCAGGCUUCACUGUACACGGGUUUCUUUGCUUUACAGCUUGAAAUGGCAGAUGACCAGGUCUGCGGCUCUCUGGCAGCACGGAGAGGGUGUGGGAGAGGAAAAGGAGCUCCUUUUCUUUCCUCUGGGCUCCCCGUGAAUCUGUCAGUGAGCUGUGGGGAGUCGCAAGUCAAUCCAAAUGAGACAGCCGCUGCUCCCAGCCCUCGGGGGUUGCUGGGGGGCGGCUGUAUACGGGGGUUUUUCAGGGUACACUCAGCCCAGCCACCCCCCUGGGCAAGGUCACUUCCAAUGAUUGUGAAGUCCACGAUGUUUCUGUUGUGGUUUCCAGCUGAUAGGGAAAUAUUGUUUACAUUUUUUAUUAAGGACAAAUCCUUUUUUUGAGGGAGGGAAAUAAACCCAGUCUAGGGAAGACUGAAUCCUGGAUGCCACUGAUGAGUCGGGCAUCAGAGGUGCCUCUUUCAGAGCAAGGGAGGCUGGCAGUGGGCAUCUCCUUGCCGCCGGGGGAGGGUCCUGCCUCGCCAAGGGUGGGAGCCAGCGAGAGCCGCUGGCUUCUUUGCAGUGACUUGGCUUUCAGAUGAGAGGGAAGCCCAAAUUGCUGUGCAGCCCAGGGAGCCCCAGCACCGCUCCUCUGCCCCGUCCCAGCACUGCCGGCGUCUGCCCUCCCCUUCAGCAGUUCCAGGCACUCGUAGGGACCGAGCCGGGGAAUGUGUUUGUAAGUCUUGCAGAACGCGCGAUCCCUUCCAGCGGCAGGCGGGUUGGUCCCCGGGCUGCCGGUUGUCUGUGAGGUCAGUGCUGGAGUUCAGCUGAAAAGCAGCACCCGGGCAGAGCUGGGGGUGAGCCCUCCCUGCUGGGACCCGGCCAGAUCCAGCCUCCAGUCCAGCCCUGUGCUGUGGAUGCUUGCUGGGUUUGCUUUACGCUGAUCAUCCACGUUUUUCUCCCAGCACGGGACUCAGAAGCUGGUCAAGGACACCUGCACGGGUGGUCCGGAGUGGUAGGAAAGGGCAGGAGAGGAGGGAGCUGGGGCAGGGCCAGGCGGCAGCAGCGGUGCUCGCACCACUGCCCACCCCAUGGGCUGUUCCCUGAGGAGCCGGAGGGUCGGCAGCAGCCGUUCGCCUUCAUCUUGCCGGGGUGUUCAUUUUGGCUUGAAAUUGCAACCAGUAAUGGCUUUUUUACUGAGGUCUUUUUUUCCCAACUGUAGCUUACUCUCGGAAGCCAAAAUUAGCAGCAGUGGUUCAGGCAGAGUUUAGUAGCAUUCGAGGUCAUUUUAGUUCUGUUAAUGCUGAACUCCUUUCUUGGAGGAGAUGAAAAGCCUGCAGUCUGCCAGGUCUCGGUGCGUGGCUAGGAGGUGCCCGAAGAGCUGUCCCGCCGGCAUCCCCGGGGUGGCUGCUCGGUGUGCACAUGAACAGGCACGGCUUCGGGGUCAGCCUUGCUGCGUGACUGACCUGGCACCGGGACGGGCAUCUUCCUUUGCCAGAGGCAGGGGCACUCGCAGUGUCGUCACACACAGGAGUGCAGAGAUAAAGGAACCAAGCUGGGGGUACGGGUACCCCCCCGACGCAUCAGCCCACUGCAGUCGCGGUUGCUGCCGCUGGCUGGCGGCAGUGCAAUUCUCAGGUGAAGUGAAAAGCCAGCGCUGGCUGCACGCGCUGCCCAGUCGUUCAAGGAAUGGAUGGUCAUUCCCCGAGCGGCGGCAGCAGCCUCUGCCAGGGUGGACUCCUGCGCUCCAGAGAUGCUCUCCCUUAGCUUUUGUAUUUAAUCCCCAGCUGUCGUGUUGGUUGUGGCUUUGAGUUUGUUGUGUUAUGGAGCUGAGCACGGUGUCCUGCGUGAGCCAACGGUGAGCCGGGAUGGGUGGAAGCGUAUCAAUGCUUUGCAGCAGGACCUGUGCAGGCUUUUUGGGCAGCUCCAGUUCUGCCCCAGUACAGCCAGGCAGUCUUGAAUGUCACCUUGCCACGGUGUCGGGCAGCCUGGGGCAGGGGGUUUGCUCCCGGCUGCCCGCAGAGGACUGGCGCAGCCCUGCUCUGCUGCUGGCUGCCUGGCACAGCAACGUGCUGCACGUUGUUCUGCAGGCAGAGGGGAGAGGAGGGAGCAUUGUCCAUGGAGGAGGUUCCCAAGGACAGAGUUUCUGUCGAGCUCCACGAUACCAAAUGUCACAGCCUGUGCUGUUUACCUUCUAGUCUUUAACUUUGCCAAACAAGCUAUUGUUGCUUUGAACAGUCCAAGGAAAUGUUAGCCUGUGUCAGCAGAACCAAAUGCUCCAGGCAUGGUCUCUGCUGGGUGUGCUUUUGUGUUGGGGAUACGAGCGUUUUGGGAGAAGAAUCAAGGGAUCUGGGAGCGCAGGGGUGACGCUCUUCCCCGCACACCAAAUGUUUGCUACUUGGCCUUUGCAAAUCCAAACUGAACGACAAUGUGCCUUUCGGACCGUCCUUAUCUCAGCCUUGUCUGCGACAGCGGUCCCACGACAGGUUUGUGCCUAUGCAAAGCGGGGUGGUCACAGGGUCCCGGGGACAGCCGUGACACUGACGGGGAGCGGUGCCCUCAUCCCCAGCGGGACGCCCAGCCGUCACGCAGAGCCCUGCCGCAGGGCUGAGGGACGCUUGCUGAGGGGAAGCCGGCCUGGCAGGGAUGCCUGGAGCAAUAGGAUGUGGAGGCUGCUGUCACCCCGGGGAAAAAACAUCUGCGGAUGGUCCCAGAAGGGGUCAGGCACCAAGCAUCCACAGAGGGUGCAGGAGACGAGCCGUGACGGUGGGUGCUGUGCUCGCUGCGUGCUGGC